AACCGAGUCCGAGUGGGUACUUGCCUUGCGCUAAAUAGUUCCUAUGUCCCGCCUUUCGUCUUGGGAACACGUUAAAAUCUUUAUUUUGGUUGAAGUCAGCUGUUGAAGAAGGUAUCUGAAUAAUCUCUUUUCCAAGGUUCUCAUCCAACUGAAACGGCCUGCAGAGUUCUGAAAUAAUCUCAGAGUGAAGAUUGGUAGAUUCGUGUGGCCUUUUAAAUAAUUGAAUAAUGAUGAAAAUGGAUCCAAAAUAUUAAGUUACUUCUCCACCAAAGCAGUAGAAGAUUCUUCAUAUCACCCUCCAAUAGCUCAAUUCAAUUUUUGGAAAGGAGCAGAACAAGUGCAAUACUGAAAACCGAAGAGAAGAAAACUUCAUUUUGGGACUUCUCCUUGACUUCCCCUCUGCCCAUCUUUCUACUUGUUUUAAUUUUACUGCAUUUAUAAAGAGUGAAGACCAAAGAAAUAGAAUAUAUGUUUAAGAGCUGUAUACCAAGAAAUUUACCUUGAAAGCUGCUAUUCUGUAGAGAGAAAAGUUUAUCAAGUUCUUGUCUGAUCCUUUUUUUUAAAACAAAAUUUCUUAGAUCCUUAGAUUUUGAAGGUUAAGACAAUUACAAACAUAUCUGCACGCUGUCUUUAACAGUUGUGUAAAAACAAUGAGGUUUGUGUUUUGAGGGUUUUGUCAUGUGUUGGGUUUACCACAGGAGUUGACUACUCCAAAGAUUUUUGAUUGUUUUAAUACUGUAUUUUUGAGCUAUCUCCUUCAUGACAGUACUUACCUACACAUGAAACUAUCUGUCUUUCUAACUAUGACCUUGUUAUGAACAGUGUUUGGCCUCACUGUGCAAAUGUCCAUGUAUUAUCUAUUUAAGAAGCAUUAUAGUGCUGUUCCUCAAGGAAGUUGAAUGAGGUGAACAUAGACACAGCCUUUCCCUUACCCCUCUUUUUAAAUGUAACAAAUACUUUUUAUGUUCCCCUCCCCCCUUCCCCUCCCCCUUCCCCCUUUUUGGAAACGUCAGGAACCUAGGUAGUGGAGGAUGAGCAAUUGAGGGGACUAAGAAAGUGAGCCACACGGAUCCAGGCUUUUUCGUGCUUCAUUACGAGGCGUGCUGCUGGCUGGGCAGUUUACGCCCCCUCUUAACAAGAAAACCUUUCGAGAGAUCCAGCUAGUAACCUCAAGAAGUUCAGAAAACAGGACCACAGAGGAUAUACUCUGCGAUCCUGGCCAUGAGGUUGGAUGCCUCACCUUGCUGAAAAGAGACACUGGACCUAAAUGGCGCAGCAUGACUUUGUUCCUGCUUGGCUAAAUUUCUCAACGCCACAGUCAGCUAAGUCACCUACAACCACUUUUGAAAAACACGGAGACCACCUACCCCGAGGAGAAGGCAGAUUUGGAGUAAGCCGUCGGAGACACAAUUCCUCUGAUGGCUUUUUUAACAAUGGACCUUUACGAACUACAGGAGAUUCCUGGCACCAACCCUCCCUGUUCCGCCAUGAUUCUGUGGACUCUGGUGUCUCUAAGGGAACAUAUGCUGGAAUCACAGGGAACUUAUCUGGUUGGCACAGCUCUUCCCGGGGUCAUGAUGGCAUGAGCCAGCGUAGUGGAGGUGGCACAGGGAACCAUCGACACUGGAAUGGCAGCUUCCACUCCCGGAAAGGCUGUGCCUUUCAGGAAAAGCCACCUACAGAAGUUAGGGAAGAAAAAAAAGAAGACAAGGUGGAAAAAUUACAGUUUGAAGAGGAAGAUUUUCCUUCUUUGAAUCCAGAAGCUGGCAAACAGAAUCAACCAUGCAGACCUGUUGGAACCCCUUCUGGAGUGUGGGAAAAUCCACCUAGUGCCAAGCAACCCUCCAAGAUGCUAGUAAUCAAAAAAGUUUCCAAAGAGGAUCCUGCUGCUGCCUUCUCUGCUGCAUUCACCUCACCAGGAUCUCACCAUGCAAAUGGAAAUAAAUCAUCAACCAUGGUUCCAAGUGUCUAUAAGAACCUGGUUCCCAAGCCUGUACCACCUCCUUCCAAGCCCAAUGCAUGGAAAGCUAACAGAGUGGAACACAAAUCAGGAUCCCUUUCUUCUGGCCGGGAGUCUACUUUUACCAAUCCAAUCUCUGUUACCAAGCCAGUGGUACUGGCUAGUGGUGCAGUUCUAAGCUCUCCCAAAGAGAGUCCCUCCAGCACUACUCCUCCAGUUGAGAUCAGCUCCUCUCGUCUGACCAAGUUAACCCGUCGAACCACUGACAGGAAGAGUGAGUUCCUGAAGACUCUGAAGGAUGACCGGAAUGGAGAUUUCUCAGAGAACAAAGACUGUGAUAAACUGGAGGAUUUGGAGGACAACAGCACACCUGAACCAAAGGAAAAUGGGGAGCAAAGCUGUCUUCAGAAUGGUCUUUCUCUCCCCAUUGUAGAAGAAGGGCAGGUCCUCUCACAUUCUCUGGAAGCAGAGCACAGGUUACUGAAAGCAAUGGGAUGGCAGGAAUAUCCUGAAAAUGAUGAGAAUUGCCUUCCACUCACAGAGGAUGAGCUCAAAGAGUUCCACAUGAAGACAGAGCAGCUAAGAAGAAACGGCUUUGCAAAAAAUGGCUUCUUGCAGAGCCGCAGUUUGAGCCUCUUCUCCCCUUGGAGAAGCACUUGUAAAGCAGAGUUUGAGGAUUCAGACCCUGAAACAAGCAGCAGUGAGACAUCAGAUGAUGACGCCUGGAAGUAGGCAAUGAAAUGCUCACAGCUCAUCUGAACCAGUAAACUCAGCUUGUGUAUUUCGGGAAUAUACAAAAGAAAUUUUUUUUUCUUUUCCUUUUCCUUUUAUGUUGAAUACUUCAUGCACAAGGGAAAUAAUCAUAUCCCAAAGAGAGAGCAGUUGGCUUGUUGAGCUUUUGUUGUUGUUCUUUCCUGUUAUCUGCUUAGUAGAGAUGUUUGUGUGGUGGGAAAGAUUUUUAAAAUACACACAGGACCUAUGGGGCGAUGCACAGGUGGGAGCUGGCAGUGCAGAAACGGAGAGAAGCAGACGCUGUUUUAUGGCAGCAGCUUCUACUACCAGCCCUUGGGGCACUCAACCCUGUGCUCAAGCAAUCAUUGUCAAUGACAAAGUGACUAUUGAAGUUAUAAUUGUAUUAAAUUAAUGCUAAUAAUUUGGAUAUUUUAUUUUAUUUUUGGCUGCUCGGGUAACUUUAGCCCUUAACCAAGCGUAUGGUUUUUUGUUUUUGUUUUCCUUUUGGGUACAGCUGUAAAAUAUUUGGAUAUAGGAAAUGUGUUAUUCUUGCAGCCUUGAUAUUCAGGGUGGAUUGUAAAAUAUAAAUUUUUGUGAGAUUUCAAAGAUUAAGAUUAUUUUGAUAACAUUAUUUACAGAUUUAAAAAGAUGUGGUUAUCACAAGUCUGUUGAGGGAAAAAACUACUGCAUAAAAUAACUAACUUGGAAUAAAUAUUUUGCAUCAGUUUGGA